AUGGACGCCUCGGGCCCCUCCGAGUCUCAUCGCCCUCCGGCGCAGGCUCAGGUUACAACUCCGUUCACAUUCACAUCCGGAUCAUCAAGCUCCAAUCCUCCAGCGCGGGGUCAAGAUACAAUUCCGUUCACAUUCACAGCCGGGCCAUCAAGCGCCAAUCCUCCAACGCAGGCUCAGGAUACAGCGCCAUUUGAAUUCACCUCUGAAUCAUCAAGCGCUGGCCCUCCGGCGCAGUUUCAAGCUCAAAUUGCGAACCAAUUCGCAGUCCCUUCUGGACCCUCAGACUUCGGUUUCUCAGGCCCUCAGGCAGAUGCCUCUGGACUUCAAGACUUUGACCCUUCGGGCUUUCUAGACCCUCAAGUCCAGACGCAGUUUCAGGCCCCGUUCGAAGUCGCCUCUGAGGCGCCAAGCGUCUACCCGUCCGGAUUUCCAGCCUCUGAAGCCCAGGAACAGACCCUAAACUUGUUCACAUCUGAUUCCGCAAUCCAAGACUCAUUCGAUGAAUUCAGCUCUAUGGAUGUCGACUUGACUAACAACAUUGACCAACAGACUAGCUCACAGAGCUUUCCACCCGCGGCUCAGCAGCAGCCCGGCUCCAACGCCUUCGGUGGAUUCGCACCUGCGCCGCCAAGCGGCGGUUUCAACUUCAGUGCUGGUCCCGCCUCGAAUCCGUUCGCGUCGCAGAACGCAACGAACAACAAUAACAAUGCCGGUGGCAGCGCUUUCUCCUCCUCUUUCACGUUUGGUAGCAACCAAUCCGGUGCAAGCAACCCAUUCGGCAGCAUUGCCUCAGCUCCGCCAGCGAACAACGCGUUUGGCAAUGCCGAGUCGGCGGGGGCGCCGUCAAGCAAUAUCUUCGGCUCCUCAUCAUCCGCGCCUUCUGGCAACAUCUUCGGCGGUAAUACCGCGCCGUCCGCACCGAGCUCGAACGUAUUCGGCUCGUCUUCCACGCAGCAGAACGCGUUCGCAAGCAAGCCCUCGGACCCGUCGAGUAACGUUUUCGCGAACAACUCCUCGGGCUCAACUAACAUGUUCGGAGCCAACCCACCGGCAUCUUCGGGCAGCAUCUUCGGUUCCACCUCUUCCGCGGCACCAGCAAGCAACAUAUUCGCCUCAGCAGCGUCUAGUGCUCCGAGCAAUAACUUGUUCGGCGCUUCGACGUCUACCGCCGCCCCAUCUAACAUUUUCGGGACGACAGCUUCGUCUGCGCCAUCGGCAAACAUCUUCGCCAGCUCUACCUCAGCCAAGACCUCAGACGGAACCUCCCAACCGCAGACUGGCACUAUCUUCGGAAGCACAACCACCUCGGGUCCUACGAAUGCUUUCGGUGGCACUACUACGUCAUCUGCGCCCUCCAACAACCUCUUUGGCAGCACCGCCUCUUCAGCGCCGUCUGCUAAUCUCUUCGGCAACGACGCUUCUUCUGCGCCAUCUAAGAAUGCUUUCGGCGGAGCCACAUCCUCCGCGCCAUCAAACAUCUUCAGCAGUACCCCUGCUUCGUCUGCUCCGUCUAGCAACCUAUUUAGUGGCUCCACGGCAUCCUCCGCUCCGUCUAAUAAUCUAUUCGGCAAAGGCGCCACCUCGUCCGCGCCGACAACCAACCUCUUCGGGGCUUCCACUUCCAACACGUCUUCCGCCCCUACCAAUGCCUUCAGCGCCUCUAACGCGGCUCCUGCGAACAACCUCUUUGCUGGCUCUACCACACCUUCGGGAUCCAGUGAAUCCGCUUCUCAGACAGCUAACAUGUUCGCCAAGUCAGCCGCCGGCUCUACGCCCCAGUCUAAUCCAUUUAACUUUGGAGGUGCGAACACCACGAGCGAGCAAAGCAGCACAACCCCUAGCGGGGCCCAGAAAGACUCGGCCAGCAACAUCUUCUCACAGUCGUCUGGCUUCCAGCCUUCAACCAGCGGGGCUGGUGUCUUCAAUUUCUCCGCUAAGAGCCCAUUCAAGCCCACGACUGACGCUGCUCCCCCUACCGACUCCGACAAAGAUGCGUCCGCCACUGCUGAGAGUCAAGCAACGUCUGCGACGAACAUGUUCGCUCAGUCUACAUCCGCUGCUCCCAAGGUUGGUUCAAACCUCUUUGGAUCGACUGGCCAAAGCCCAGCCAAGCCCAGUACGAAUCUCUUCAACUUCGCAAACCAGAGUGCUUCUGGUAAUGCGGAUGCUCAAAAGGACACGCAGAAGAGCACAGACUCUCAGCCCAGCAGCACGUCCAAUUUGUUUGCAAGGGCAGCCUCUGGUGGCGCAAGCGCAUCGGCUACACUCGGAUCGUUAGGUCAGACUGCUUCUCCCAAGCAAGACCAGCCAGUGGACAAGACUUCGAGCUCCAAUCCAUUCUCCUCAAUCACGCCGUCCACGUCUUCAUUGACUGGGUCAGCCGCGCCUAUUAUGAGAGCUAAUGGAGCGUCUUCUGGUGAGGAAAACUCGAGCACUAAAGUAGGAAGUCCUGCCAAGUCAAGUGCCGCCUCAGCACAGCCUGCCGAAACCACAUCCACGACUCCUGCGAACGCUAGCUUUGACACGUCUAAGAUGAACUUGAAGAACAUCGAGACUGCCCGAUCUAUUCGCACCCUGAAUGCCUGGUUCAAGUCUAGGGUGUCAAUGGCACCAGAGGACGGCAGCUAUGCGCAUAUUGCAGAAGUAUACCUGACAAACUACACUAAGCUUACUAGUGCGAUUUCUGAUAUCGCAACUGGCGCUCAAGCCCUGACUAAGAGCAACGGAAAGCGUAAGGCUGAUGACGAGUCUGACGGAAACGGUCCCGUUGGAGCCGGAUCACCAAAGAAGUCAAAGGUUCCAUCGAGCCAAGACGAUAGCAGCGCUGCCGGCGCUUCGAACACUGCCAACGUGUUCAACAGCAUUGUGAACAAGCCUGCUCAGUCUCCUCUUCGCAAUGUUGAGUCGGCAACCUCGCCAGAUGCUGAAGCCGGCCCAUCAUCCAACAACAACCUCUUUGCGGCGUCUGCUUCCAGUCCCUUCAAAUUCGGCACCAGCGGCGGUGCUUCUGGCUCCACUACCCCCAUCGGAAGCCCGGCGAAGCCAAGUCUCUUCUCACAGUCUCCCAUCAAGGCUCCGACAUUCGGUCAAGUUGGAACUACCCCCGAUUCAAAGAGAAAGUCGGAUGACAUUUCCUCUGACGAGCAGGAAGAGGAGUCGCAGGACGAGACAGCCCAAAAAGACAAGAGACAGAAGACUUCUACGCCCGUAUCAUCCGCCGACACCGGCUCGGUGCUCAAUAGCAGGCAGGCUUCUCCUGAUGCUCGCAAUCCUUUCGGACAUCUCUCGCAGGAAGAGAGCAACAAGGAUGGAGACGAUGACGAUGCGUCUGAUGGGGAUGCUGAGCAAGGCAGCACAACCCCUACGGCUCCUCCCAAGCGUUCCGAUGGCCUUUUCGGGCGCAUCACGAAGGACGACACUGCAUCCGAGAGUGAUCCUAAGACUUCUGAAGAGGGCGGCCUUUUCGGACGCAUCACUGGCGCAUCAACUGACAACUCCAAGUCGACCGCCGCUAAUCCAUUUGGAUUCUCUGCUUCUAGCUACGAGCUUCCUGGCGGAGCCAAAACAGGCCCUGUCUUGAAGACCUGGAACGGCGAUGCUGGAUCGCCUAUCAAGUUCGGCACUUCGCAGCCCGCUCCGUCUGAUGACGGAAAGAAGGAAGCCACCUCGUCAUCUGCGAGCUCUAAUCCCUUCUCAGGAAUUGCUACCGGCAGCUCGUCCGCCCCCAGCGCUAUUUUCAAGUUUACGCCUGCUCCGACGCCUCCCGCAAGCGACGCUUCUCCCUUCAAGUUCAACCCUCCUGCUGCCACGCCUUCAGGCGCAAGUUCUGUUUUUGCUUCAGGCUUUGGUUCUCGUGCCACCACUCCCGGUGUUUCUACUGGCGCAUCAGAGAACGAGACUAGUGCGGCUGAGAAUGAUGAGGAUGAGGAAGCGCAGACCGUUGAUAAGGAACAAGUUUCUUUGCGUACUGCCCUGACCGAUGAAGACAGGACCACCUACGACGUUCUCUUUGACACAGACAUACAGUCUGUGACGCUGAUGCACCUGGUUGACAGGUCCGAGGACGAGAUCAAAGAAGAUCCAAAGAAAGGCGCGAAGAAGUGGGAGAGCCAAGGGAAGGGCCCUGUUCGUGUACUGAAGCAUAAGCAGAGUGGCGGUGUCAGCAUCCUCUUCAAGGCUGAACCGAUGGGUCGCGUUUUGAUCAACACUCGCGUUCAGCCCUCGUUUCACUACAAGAGAGCCAAGGCAAAGUUUGCUACCUUCCCGCUUCCCGAUGAGAAGGGCAAGAUCACGCCGCAGUACCUGAAGUUCGAGGACGAUACCGACUGCACCAAGUUUGUUGAGGCUUGCGAGUCUAACAAGUCAUCGUAG